CUCCCCUCCUAAUUAACCCACAUUCUCACCCGUGAUCUCGGAUUUGACGCGAUUCGGCUGGUCUGAAUCUCCGACUUAGACUCACGGUUCGAUUACGUUCCCCUCCUCUCAUCCUAUCCCAGCUUCACAGCUGGUUUGCCGUGGGUAGCUGCAUUACCCACUUGGACUCGCCCAACGUUCCCUGCUCUCGCGGAGUGUCCACCAUGGUCUCCGCGUCGGACGAGCAGAAGGCUCCUGCUGACCGUGAGUAUCACAAUAUCCUCCCCUAUGCGCCUCAUGCGCAAGGGCAUGAAUCGUAGCCGGUUCGCACACUGGCCGAUAUCGCAUGGAGCCCUGUCGAAGCACCAGAGAGACCUUGCAGACCCAGUGGCUAUCAGUGUGACUAGACGACAAGUUGACCAGCGGAGACGCCCGCUCCCCGCCCUCCGACACCGACGAGCGCCCCGUCCGUAAUCAACUGAAGGAGACGUCGAUCGACUCCCCCAACAAUAUGGCUACUUCUGCAGACUCGAGUUUCGCCGCAUCGGCCCCGGAACAGGGCAGCGGCAGGAAGCGAUCGUUCGAAGAAGCCCGCGGCGAUACCGACGACGCCAUCGAGAACGGCGACGGCCCCCGCAAACGAUCGCGCGAGAGCACUCCAGAAGAUGCGAAGAAGGACAGCGCCGCAGUGCCUGGAUCAGACAACGUGAGUGAGCCCGACCCUAAGGACCCCGUACCUGCCACCCCCAAGGACCUGGCCACGGAUGAGUCUUCCCCUGGAACAUUCGACAGCCCCGACGUUGAGGUCAUUGUCAUUUCGGAUUCCGAGCCCGAGGAUUUCAACGCGCCCCACGGAAUCAUUGAAAUCAUCGAGAUUUCCUCAGAUUCGGAGUCUGAGUCUGAGUCUGAGUCUGAGUUGGAGGUUGCAAAAGUGCCCGUUUCUGUCGACGUAAUUCCCAUCUCGGACUCGGAAUCUGAAUCCGAGGAGGAAGCUCAGACUCCAGCACUAAGUCACGCUCAUGAAGGAGGCCUGGACUCUUCAGAGCUCAAGUCUCCUGGGCUCUCGGUGUCUCGUGAGAACACACCCGAGUCGGAGAUUCUUGGGGCGCAGGUUGAACACCCCGCUCGAAACCUGAGUGAGGCGUCAUCCAGUGACUGGUCCAGUGACCAAGAGACCUGGUGCUUUGUUGAGAGAGAAGACACACCCGAGUCGAAAAUUCCUGGGGCACAGACUGAGAAACCCGCGCGUUCUCCUAGCGAGGCGUCAUCCAGUGGCUGGUCCAGUGGCCAGGAGACCUGGUUCUUUGUUGAGAGUGAUAACACCAACACAUAUUCACAGGAUCCUAAGAAACUCGACACUGCCGACGCGAUGAACGAUGACGACGCCAAAGCCCUGCCGAAGAAGCGAAGCUUAGAACAGCUGCAGGAAGAAGGCGCAAAGGAGGCCGAGAAGACUGAGAACAAGCGCCACCGCGAUAAUUCGCAGGAGCGUGAGACCCAAACAGCCAAUGCUUUCGCUAAAAGUGCAUUCGCCAACGCGGCUGCCUCGUCACCAUUCGCUUCUCUUGGUGGGUCAACUUCGACUUCAACCGCCGAGAAACCCGCGUCGACCUCCGCAUUUGCCUCUUCGGCUCUGAGCUCCUUUGCUGGUUCCGAUAACUCCCCUUUCGGCUCUCUUGGUUCCUCAAAAUCGUCGGUCUUUAAGUCUGGCUCCGGAAUGUCUGGCUUCGGCUCCUCAUCAACUUCUGGCUUCGGUUCCCUGAAAAGUGGUUUCGCGGGCGUGAGCGGUGGUUUCGCUGCUGCUGCCAAGUCCGGCGGCUUGACAAAUUUCGCAUCUCCCAACGCCCCUGUGACCCUUGGCGGCGAGUCCAAGCCAUCGAAGCCUAUUGGCGCUGAUGAGUCUGGCGACGAGGGAAGCGACAGUGAGUCUGGCGAGGAGACCACCGCGUUCGAGGCUGAUAAGACCGACGAGCGCUUCUAUGAACAGACCAUUGAGACUGGUGAGGAAGAAGAAGAAAACCUCUUCACCUGCAAAGGCAAGCUUUUCCACUUCAGCAGCGGCGAGUGGAAAGAGCGUGGUGUGGGAACUUUCAAGGUUAACUCGCGCACAAGCGAGACCGGAAAGCAACAUGGUCGCAUGAUUAUGCGUGCUGACGGUGCUCUGCGCGUCAUGCUGAACAGCCCUGUCUUCAAGGGUAUGACUUUUGGCGACGCAAAGAACCAAGAACCAACCUCCAAGCAGAUCCUCCUUGCCAGCAAUGAAGAAGGACGUACCGUGCCUUUGCUCUUGCGCGUUGGAAACGAGGCCCUCGCGAAGGAUCUCUACGUUAUCAUCAAGGAUCUCCUGGACGGCGAGUAAAUGCGGAAAAGACAAGCACAUGAUACCAACCAUAGAGGCUGUAGUCCAACACAAAGACUUGGCAAAUUGGACAUGGGGAAUUGGGGAUCGGUGCACAUGGAGUUUUCACCGCUACCACUAUGAGUGAGCGGCUUUUGUGAUUAUUAGCGUCUGGUAAUUUACGAAUCUCAUCUGUUUUUGACUGCUGUCAUUGCGUUUUUCAUUAAGCAUCAACUGAUUUCCUGCGUGGAUGUGUUCCGUGGAUAUUCGAUGCUG